CAGAAUCCUAUUGGAUAUUACAAUGCAAGUUCGACACUGCCGACGGAACCACGAUUCGACCAGAGUGGAAGCGCGGUCGUCUGUUCGAUAGAGACGUGUGCCAGUUGUUUUUGGAACGUGUCAAGAAUGCCGGAAAAGGAGUGGUUACUGAUAGAACGACGAAAGGAGGCCCGUAAGGAACGACCUGCGGCUCUGAACACCGUCGAACUGAUGAGAGUUGCAAGCAGUUCAUUCGGUAUUAGCCCCGCGUCAACAAUGAGUGUUGCUGAACAACUGUAUACUCAGGGAUUUAUUUCUUACCCCAGAACUGAGACCACUGCUUACCCUCCCAAUUUCGAUCUAGUAGGAACUCUGAAGCAACAGUCAAACAAUCCCAAAUGGGGAGACGUAGUGAAAAAGGUCUUGAAUGAUGGUAUUCGGAAACCUAAGGGUGGAGAAGACAAAGGCGAUCAUCCACCUAUUACACCGAUGAAGCCAAGCAAUGGACAGCUUUCUGGAGGUGAAAACUAG